GAGUAUGGUGCUUAUCAGUUUAAAGUUGUCCUGGAACGUCUUAUACCAGGCAUAUAUAUCAAAAUGGUUGCUUUUGGAAAGACUCCUACAGAGGAUUCAUACAACAGUUUCUUUCUUGAUUCUAAUAAACAGGUUGAACUAGCUUGUGAUUUACUAUCAUCAGAUGAGAUGUUAGCUAAUGGUUUUAAUGCAAUGGGUUUCUCCCAGGGAUCACAAUUCCUACGUGCACUAGUCCAGAGAUGUGGCUCUGUAAAGAUAUACAAUUUGAUAUCACUGGGUGGACAGCAUAAUGGGGUUUAUGGUUUUCCGUUUUGCCCAGGGAGCAGUAGCAUAUUGUGCCAUUUGUUUAGAAGAUUCUUAGGAAUGGGAACAUAUUUAUCAUUCAUACAAGACAACUUAGUUCAAGCACAGUACUGGCAUGAUCCUUAUGAUGAAGAAUCUUAUGCUCUUGAUUGUGAAUUUUUAUCUGACAUUAAUCAAGAACUAGUGUUCAAACCAUCUUAUAAAGAAAGAUUUUCCAAUAUUAGUAACUUUGUACUAGUCAAGUUUGAAUACGACAUGAUGGUGGAACCAAAAGAAACUGAGUGGUUUGGUUUUUACAAAGAGCAUCAGUCAGUAAAAACUUAUUCAAUGUUUGAAAGCAAAAUAUACAGAAGAGAUCUAAUUGGUCUACAGUAUCUCAACAAGACGGAAAGAAUU